GAAAAAAUGCCGUUGAGCCGCCUCUGCUUCGUUUUACCGGCAGACUCCAACGAAAUCGAACUGGUUAAGCACGAUAACAAUCAUGUCCAAGCCCAAACACCACCACCACCACCACCACCACCACCAAAAGACUCGUUUCUUAACACCGUUCGGCGAUUGCUCCACCGGUUCUUGGACUCCAAAUGGACCGGUUGCUGCCACUACAACUCUCCAACAAAACACUACUCCGGUUUAUUCCACGACACGGCUGGAGUAGAACUAUGGGAUAAGGAAGUUGGCAGCAACAACAACCCGAGGAUUUUCAGCUACGCUGAGCUUUACAUAGGAUCGAAAGGAUUCAGCGAGGAUGAAGUUCUUGGGAGUGGCGGGUUUGGAAAGGUGUACAGAGCAAUUCUACCGAGUGACGGAACGGCGGUGGCCGUCAAGUGCUUGGCGGAGAGAGGAGAGCGGUUUGAGAAGACUUUCGCGGCAGAGCUGGUGGCGGUUGCACAUCUCCGCCACCGGAACCUCGUCCGACUCCGUGGGUGGUGCGUUCACGAGGACCAGUUGCUCCUCGUUUACGACUACAUGCCAAAUCGCAGCCUGGACCGGAUACUUUUCCGGCGGCUGGAAAAUACAGGGUCGCCGCCGGCUGUUCUGAAUUGGGACCACAGGAAAAAGAUUGUUGCUGGUUUGGCGGCGGCGCUUUUUUAUCUCCACGAACAGUUGGAGACUCAGAUCAUACACAGAGAUGUGAAAACAAGCAAUGUCAUGCUUGAUUCCCAUUACAAUGCUAGGCUAGGUGACUUUGGCUUGGCGAGGUGGCUAGAACAUGAGCUUGAGUACCAAAUCAAAACACCUUCAAUGCAAAAAAACCAUCAGUUCCGGUUGUCUGAAACAACCAGAAUCGGUGGCACGAUCGGGUACUUGCCACCAGAGAGCUUUCAGAAACGCGGGGGCAUUGCCACCGCCAAGUCUGAUGUUUUCAGCUUCGGUGUUGUGGUGUUGGAGGUGGUUUCCGGCAGGAGAGCCGUGGAUCUCACUUACCCGGAUGAUCGGAUCAUUUUGCUCGAUUGGACCCGAAGGCUUUCGGAUGAGGGAAAGGUAUUACAAGCAGGGGAUAAUCGGCUUUCAGACGGGUCUUACCGCCUUUCUGAAAUGGAACGGUUGAUUCAUAUCGGUCUUUUAUGCACUCUUCACCACCCGCAAAAUAGGCCUAAUAUGAAAUGGGUUAUGGAAGCACUUUGUGGCAACCUACAUGGAAGAUUGCCUGAUCUUCCAUCAUUUCAAUCCCACCCUCUAUACAUCAAUAUCUCCUCCUCCUCUUCCAACACUAGCAAUAGCAAAACAACCACCACAAGGUCCACAGCCACCACCACAGCAGCAUCAGAUUCAUCAAAUUUUAUCACGGCCACCGGAGAAACCAUAUACGCUACUGCUGAAAACGGAAGCAGCAGUGACACAAAUGCUUCUAACAAAAGCUCCAGCCGCAAAAACAUUUUUCCCAUGGUGGAAACACCAAGAGAAAUCUCCUACAAGGAAAUCAUUUCUGCAACGAACAAUUUCUCAGAUUCUCAAAGGGUGGCGGAAUUGGAUUUCGGAACCGCUUACCAAGGAUUUCUUGACAACAAACACCGUAUCCUGGUAAAGAGGCUGGGAAUGAAGACCUGUCCUGCAUUGAGGGAACGGUUCUCAAACGAGCUCCGAAACCUGGGGAGGCUCCGCCACCGGAACCUGGUGCAACUGCGCGGGUGGUGCACAGAGCAAGGUGAGAUGCUGGUUGUAUAUGAUUACUCUGCCAAUCGCCUUCUCAGUAACCUUCUCUUCCACCACCACGGUUAUCAUAACAACGUACGUUCAGUCCUAAAAUGGCGUCACAGAUACAACAUACUCAAAUCCCUCGCUCUAGCAAUUCGGUAUCUACACGAGGAAUGGGAAGAACAAGUUAUUCACAGAAACAUUACCUCUUCAGCGGUCAUUCUCGAUUCGGACAUGAACCCCAGGCUCAGUUCAUUUGCUCUAGCCGAAUUCUUGACGCGAAACGAAGACGGUCACCACGUAGUCAUUGACAAAAAUAAAUCGGUCCGUGGGAUAUUCGGGUACAUGUCGCCAGAGUACAUGGAAUCCGGUGAUGCAACCCUAAUGGCGGAUGUUUACAGCUUCGGAGUGGUGGUGCUCGAGGUGGUUAGUGGAGAAAUGGCAGUGGACUUCAGACGGCCAGAGGUGCUAUUGGUGAAGAGAGUGCAUGAAUUUGAGGUGCGGAAAAGGGGUUAUGAGGAAAUGGCAGAUUGGAGGUUGAACGGAGAGUAUGAUGAAAAGGAAUUGGUUAGGUUGAUAAAUUUGGGAAUCGCGUGCACAAGGUCUAAUCCGGAGUCUAGACCGAGUACGAGGCAGAUUGUACAAAUACUCGAUGGUCAUGACCGAUGUUUUAUGGAAGAAGGUCGGAAGAAGGAGAGAAGGGAAGAAUGGAGACAGAGGAACGCUUCUUCUUUGUCUCUGAUCAGGGGAAUUCAAGCUCUAGGAAUACAAUGAAGAUCACUAGAGAAUAGUAUAACAUAGACACAUAAUAGAGAAUGUAUAUUAGGUUUUGUCUUAUUGUGGAGAUUUCAAAGGAUGUUGUUUUCAGUUCCUUAUUUUUACUUUUCUCAAUUUAUGUUGUUUAGUUUUGUCUUUUAGA